UGCCAUGGCAACGCGAUUGGCGUCGCGUCUUUUUAUCGGUUCCGAUUCGUGGCCAGUUGUCCCGGUUUUUUGGCUCAAAUAAAAACACAAAAAUACGGAAAACAUGUUGAACUUUCAAAUCAUUCCGACGAAACAGGAUUUGCGCGAAGCAGCCGCUAUCGACAGGCGCCGCCGGAAUGAGGAACAACGAAAGUGCCGAGUGUUCAACGUCAGGAACAGGGUUAUUGGCCUGGAUGUCGAGGCACUUGACGACCAAGUUAAAGAGAAGCGUAAAUUGGCCGAAGAUGAACGUAGACGACAAUUUGUUUUCGACCAGCAAAGAGUUCGCGACGAUCAGAUUGCUAUACUCGCGGAACGGCAGAUCCAAGAAGAGCGGAAAAAGCUGAAUCGAGAAAUCAACUCAUUCCGACAAUACUACCAGCGGCCCGAGGAUCGUAGGGAAUUCGACAUUUAUGAUCCAGACGCCCUGAAGAAAGACAUUCCCUCCAGGAUCCAGGACGACGAUCCACGUUGUGGAGUCUCUUCUGCCCAGAAGUUCGAGGGCGAGGACCUGGCCAAGCCGGAGCGCCGCCACCUGCAGACGGAGCAGCAACGGUCCUGGCUGCAGCAGCAGAUGCGCGAGCGGCGCCGCGCCGAGGAGGAGCGACGCGCGGCCGAGGACGCGUACCAGGCCGCCAUGGUGGCCAGGGACCUGCGCGCCUGCCAGCUGGACCGCAUCGAGCAGCACUGCCGGCGCAGGCUCAACCAGACCACCGAGGAGUACAACCGCGCGCUGUCUUCGGAGCAGGAGGCCCGGCGCCGCAUGGAGGCGCAGCGCGACGCGGAGGACGCCCAGGCCGAGCAGUACAACCACCUGACGUCGGACAUGCUGACGGAGAACCCCGACUGCGCGGUGAGCGCGCUGGGCUCCCCCCACGUCGUGGCCAUGGCGUACCGGGGCAUGUCGGACGAGGAGCGCGCCGCCAUCCGCAGGGAGCAGCUGCGGCAGGCGCAGGCUCGGAAGUUCGAGGAGGAGACCGAGAAAAGGCGCCAGGCCGAGUGGGACGCGCUGGCCGUCAACAUCGCCAAGGCCAUGGAGCUGAAGCAGAUGGAGCUGGACCGGAAGCAAAGGGACAUAAACAGGCGCACCAUGGAGGACAACAUGAAGCUGGAGGAGGAGCAGAAGGCGCGGCGGGAGUACUUCGACAAGGUGGUGGACACCAACGUGCCCACGCCCACCUUCUUCGAGAUGUUCGGCACCUCCUCGCGCUGAGUCGGCUGUUGGUGCGAUGGCGCAGGAAAGCUAUGUUCGGUGUACCCGGUAUGCUGGGAAAUGGCUUCAAUACGAGUCAAAUCACUUCUUUUAUGCAUACUUUUAUUGACCAGAAGGUUUUCUUAAAUAUUUUUUUGCACCGAUUGUGGUGUAUUUAUUAUACACUCUGUGAUAUUUUAUGUUAUGUCAAUUUUGCAACCUUUUUUACCUUUUGGCAUACGAUAAAUAAAAUAAAAUUUUUACUGCAU